AUGAAGUACGAGAAGUUGUAUAAGAGUCUCUUCUCGAUCAGUCUCGUGUUCAACUCGUUGCUCUCAAUCCUUUUCCUUUCAAUCCUCAUUUGGUCUUCAAUUCAAAAGCAGUACUUGUCCGUUUCGGUGACCAUCGCAGCGUUGACAUUUGUUGCUCUCUUCAUCGCUUUUAUCGGCGUAUUGUUGAUGAUGAAGAGACGAGAGUCUGAUGUGUUGGUCAUGUGGGCUGUCGUGCUGUCGAUCGGGCGUCUCCUCGCCGUUCUCAUCGGCGCUUUUUCUUUGAUGUCAGCCGACACGUUCAAGCAAGAGGAUCGAAAGAUUGAGGAUGAUGUGAUUAAAUGGAUGGAAUAUCGAAAACUGAUCGUGAUCGCCUUCUGCAUCCUCUACUUUCCACUCUUCCUCAUCGAGCUUUUCGUUCUCAACAGAUAUCAGAUCACCUCUCGAGGCGAACUCAAAGUCAGCCACCAACCACUCACCCCCGGACCCAUCGAAGCAGAAAAACCAAUGCCAUUGAUCUCUGCAAAUCCU